AUGUAUUUGGAUUUAUUGAUGAACACAUGUUCAUUAACAUGCGAUACUAAUUGCUCAACUUGUCUAACAACGACUACACACUGUUUGAGUUGUAAUGUAGAUAUGUAUUUAAAUGAGAUUACAAAUUUAUGUUAAUCUACUUGUGAUUCAAAUUGUUUGACAUGUUAAACUACAACUACUAGAUGUUUAACUUGUUAUGAUAAUUAUUAUCUAAAUUUAUCAACUAAUUCUUGCUAAACUAAUUGUGAUACUAAUUGUUUGACUUGUUUAAUAACUACAACACGAUGCAAAACUUGUAAUUCAGGAAUGUAUUUAAAUAAAUCAAACUAUCAAUGUCAAGCUUCCUGUGAUUCAAAUUGUGAUACUUGUUUUAUAGUAACAACUAACUGUUUAACAUGCCCAACUGGAAGUUACUUAAAUGAAUAAAAUAGUUCAUGCUAACCUUCAUGUAAUUCAAAUUGUGCCACUUGUUAAGCAACAACAACUUAUUGCCUUACAUGUUUUUCAGGAUUUUAACUAGAUUCAGGAUUAAAUAAAUGCAUUGUCAUAUGCGAUUCAAAUUGUGCAUCUUGCAUCAACUCUCCAACAUAUUGUGUUUCUUGUUAUGAUGGAAUGUAUUUAAAUAAAUCCACGAAUGAGUGUUAAAGUGAAUGCGAUACUAAUUGCUUAACAUGCUCAAUUUCAACAACAUUUUGCUAAACCUGUCAUGAUGGAUAUAGUUUAAACUAAUAAAACUUCAUGUGUGAUUUAAUUUGUAUCGAUAAUUGUUUAACUUGCAUCAUAGAUCCAUCACAUUGCACAUCUUGUCUUGAUGAAAUGUAUAUUAACCCUUCAAGUUAUGUUUGUGAAGCAACAUGUGAUAUUAAUUGUGCAACAUGCAAAGAUACAACUACAAAUUGUUAGACAUGCAUUUCUGGGAUGUAUCUAGAUAAUAUCACUGUUAAUGAUAAUGGAGUUUGUUUAGUGUGCAAUCCUCCAUGUGCUAUUUGCUAAUCGCCAUCAUAAGUAGAAAUUUGUUUGGAUUGUUAAUUUCGAUAUUUUUUAGAUAAUACAUCAAAUUGUUAAGCAUGUCAUCCUACUUGUUACAAAUGCACAGGCACUGCAAAUGUUGAAUGUGCUUAAUGUGCUCCUGGAGAGUAUUUAUUAGUAUCAGGAUCUGAUAAAACUUGUCAUUCAUGUAUAUCACCAUGUUAUGAAUGUUCAUCAGAUUCAGUUUGCCUUUCUUGCAUACCAUAAUAUUUUUUAAGUGGAUCUAUUUGUUUGCCAUGUACUCCACCAUGCUUUAACUGUAUUACAACAACAACUACAUGUGUUGAUUGUUUUUUAAUAGAUAAAAGAGGAGUUGUUAAUGAUUUAUGUGUUUGUCUACCUCAUUAUUAUGAUCAAAAUAAUGGUUCUAGUGAGUGUUUAAUUUGUGAUUCUAAUUGUAAGACAUGUAUUGAUACAGCUACUAAAUGUACAAGUUGUGAAGAUGGAUAUUAUUUAGAUAAUAAUAUUUGUUUGAUUUGUGAUAUAUAAUGUGUAACUUGUGUAAAUUAAUCAACAAGUUGUACUUCUUGCAAUACCGAUGUUUAUUUAAGAACUUUAGAUAAUAAUUAAUGUGUUUGCCAAGAUGGUAAGUAUUACUCUAAUGUUCAACUUAUAUGUGAAUUUUGUAUUGAUCCAUGUCUAACAUGUUUGAGUGGAACAGAUAUAAAUGGAAUAAAUUAUGAUGGAAAUUAAUGUAAAUCAUGUGUGGUUGGGAAUAAUCGAAUAUUAAACAAUAUAACUAAUAAAUGUAUUUGUGAUACAGGAUAUUUUGAUGCGGGAUAUUUAAUAUGUUAAGCUUGUGCUUCAUAUUGUGUUUCAUGUAUUGCAAAUGAAUUAGAUUGCGACUAAUGUAAACCAUCUACAUUCAGAGAUCCAGCUAAAAAAUGCUUAUGCUAAGAUGGUUAUUUUGGAACAAGUCUUGUCUGUUAACCCUGCUCUUUUCCAUGCUUCUAAUGUGAAUUGUAAAGCAAUAGAUGUAUAGCUUGCACACCUGAACGUAUACUAAAUGGUAAUACAUGUGAAUGUGAUUUUGGAUAUUAUGAAACUGCUACCAAAGAUUGCUAAACCUGUCAACAUCCUUGUGCUUCAUGUGUCUCUCUUCCAACAUUUUGCUAUAGUUGUGUUGUUGGAUACUAUUAGCCAGUAGGUGAAUUAUCAUGUCUAUCUUGUAAUAUUCCAUGUGAGAAUUGUGCUCCCAACGAUGGUAGUAAAUGUUUAACUUGUAUUCCUACUUAUAAUCGAGAAGUUUAAAAUUAAAUCUGUGUUUGUAAAACAUCUUACUAUCAAAAUAACGACACUUCUCCAUGUUUACCUUGUGCUAAUACAUGUUAUAAUUGUGAAAAUAAUGGAGACGGCACUUAAUGCACUCAAUGUAAAGCAGGGGAUAAUAGAUAUUUAAAUUCAAGUAAGUAAUGUGUUUGUAAUAUUAAUCAUUUUGAAUAAAUCUCAUCAUCAUAGUGUUUAUAAUGUAUACCUCCUUGUUUAUCUUGUAUAAUUUCUUAAACAUCUCCACCAGCAGAUGGUACUCAAUGUCUUACUUGCUAAACAGGAUUAAAUAGAAUAUUUGAUGCUACAAAUAAUAUAUGUCCUUGCAAUGAUGGAUAUUAUGAGACUACUGGAAUAUUAUUGUGUAGUUUGUGCAAAUCUCCUUGUUUAGAAUGCAUAGAUAAUGGUACUGGAUAUGAGUGUACAUCUUGUGUUAUUGGUUCAAAUCGUAUAGUUGUCUCCUAAAUUUGUUAAUGUAUAGAUGGAUACUUUUAAAUUGGUUCAAAUGUUAUUUGUAGCCAAUGUAAUUACACUUGUUAAAAAUGUUAGAAUUUAGCAACAGAAUGCCAUCUUUGUGAUCCUCUAAAACAUCGUAUACCUGUUGGUAAUACUUGUAUUUGUUAAGAUACCUAUUAUGAUAAUAUGACAAAUGAUCAAGAUUGUAAAUCUUGUACAAGUCCAUGUGAAUAAUGCUACACUUAUACAGAUGGGACAAAAUGUAAAACAUGCUUACCUGGACUAAAUAGACAUUUGUUUAAUUAUUAAUGCAUUUGUGAUGAUGGAUAUUUUGAAGAUAAUGGUAUCUGCAAGAUUUGUCAUUUCACAUGUUAAACUUGUAAUAAAUAAUAUUCAUGUCUAACAUGUGAUACAAUUAAAUAUGAUUCACUUGCAUUUAGAAAUGGAUUUGCUUGUGUUUGUAAAUAAGGAUUUGAAAUGAAUUAAUUAGGAUAAUGUGUUUAAUAAUGCCCUAUUGAUUGUGCAACUUGUAAUUUAAACACCUGUUUAACUUGUAAUAGUAACAGAGUUUUAUUAAAUGGAAGAUGUGUAUGUGCUUUACCUGAUAAUACACAUAAUUGCAGAUCUUCUUGCUAAGACAUUAACUUUGGUAAAUUAGCUUCUUCUUUAUCAUCUUUAAGUUCCAAUAAUUUAAUCGAUUGGCUAAAUACAAAUUCACUAUCUCCUGCUACUAUAGUAAUGGAUACUACUAUUGAUUCCUCUAUUUCCUGUUCCCUUUAAAGUUCUUUAUAAUAAGGUAUUAUUUCAACAGAUAAAAAUAAUUACUAAUUAUUACUGUUUAAAUCAGAUCGAAUUCAAAUUGAAUAAAGUCCUUUCGGUGAUUAAGCCUCUUAUUUCCAUUUUAUUAAAGAUAAUACUAGAUAUUUACUCUUUUAAAAAGAUGCUACAAUUUUAAAUUUAAGAAUGAGAUACUAAUUUGCUACAAUUGCAAAUAAUGAAAAUAUUCAAAGUAAUACUGUACCUAAAUCAACUCUAAAUUAAUAAAUAAUAACAUUCAAUAUAGAUGAUUCAUAUACUGUUGUAUUAGUAUUUACUUACAAUAUUAACAAUCCUCCAACAAUUUCAAGUUCUAUUAUAAGUACAAUAUAUUAAUUAAAUAUUGAAUUCAGUUCUGCUUAAUAAGUAAUUUUAUUAACAGAAUUUUAUGUUAGUAGUACUACUUUUAAUGCUGCUACAAAUUCAUAAAUAAUAACUAUAUCAAAUUAUAUUGGUCAAUUAUAUUGGUAAGGUAGAGCAUUUGAAUGCAUCCCAUAUCUUAAAAAUGUUAAAUAAACAUUUUUGGAAAAUCAUCAAUUUUUACUUGAAGCUAUACCAACUAAUUUAUUACCAUUAAAAGUGACUGAUGGAUCCAAUUAUAUUGCUACAGCAUUCUCUUCAAGUAAAUUUACUGCAAAUAGUGCAUUAAUUUAAUUAAAUAAUGUAAAUAUCAAUUAUUAAACAGCUUCUAUAUAAUAUGAUAGUAAUGGAUUUUCAUAUUUUACUGUUUAAUUUCCAGAAAUAUUAGUAUUUGGAUUACAAAUGUAAACAUAAUUUACAUUCAAUCAAUUUACUAUUUAACAUUUUAUUACUAGUGGAUAUUAAAUUAAUAAUUAAUAACUUACUUAUUCAAGUAAUUAUGGUUAAUUUAUUGGAUAUAUGGUUGAUAUUUAUGGUACAACAUCUGUUAAGACAUUAAUAUUUGGUUAUAAUUAAGGACAUACAUUCAAUGUAGUUUAAGAUGCUAAUAAUGUUUUGAUAACAGUGAGUGGAGCUAAUGUAUAAUAAAUUAAUUUUGCAAUUAUGGCCUUUGAUGAUACUAUAAUAAAUAAUUCAUAUCAAACCAUUUUUGAAUAAUACAUUUAAUUGUUAAUAUUAUCAAUUGAAUUAUCUACUAGAACACCUUUACGAUUUAUAAAUCAAUAUUGGAAGUUGUAUCCUUUAUCAAUUACUGGGACAUUUGAAGCAUUAACUGAAUAAAUAGGAGGGUAUUAUAUAAAUACAGGAACAAAUGCAAUAAAUAGUAAAUAUCCUUUUGAUGUUUCACAUAAGAUUAGCACAAAUCUCAAAUAAAAUAUUAUAUAUACUAAUGGAUAUUUAGUAAAUGGAGAUUCUGCCUUUGGUAAAUUAACUAAAUACUUUACAUAAGCUAAUGAUAAAUUUAUUUUAGGAGCAUAAUUAAACAAUAUUCAAUACAUAUCAAUUUCAAUUACUUCAACAGAUACAUUUGUGUCUUGUUCAUAAUCAGAAUAUAUAUAUUAUGAUAUAUAUGCAUAUAUAAGUUAGUGUAAGAGGACUGAAUUCUAAAUAUAUUAAAUAUUUAUUAUAAAUUUGAAUGAAUAUGAUAGCUCUAUUGCAUUAUAACAAAGUAGUACUGAAGUGAAGAUAGCCAAUAUUUAAAAAGUCAGAUAAUUGUAUUAUUUAAUGGUAGUAUCUAAAAGUUCUAAUAAUUUGAAUACUAAUGCAAUAAUAUAGGAUAUCUAUUAAGGAAUAUUAAAAUCGACUGGAUUUUUUGGCUUUGAUUUUUAGUGUUUGACUUACAAUGAUGAUCUAUAAUGUGAUACAUAUAGAAAUGGAUAUAAGACAUCUAUGAGCAAUGAAUUUGAUG